UAACAAUCGAUAUAUUUGAUAGUUUUCAGUCGAUUAUUCAAUUAAUUUGUUUCCUACUAAUCGGAAAUUGAUGUUUCAUUCAUUGCCGUUCAGUGCAUUCGAUUAUUUUCAUUGAAGUUGUGGCAACGAAAAUACCGCUUGUGGGGAAACAAUGAACUCGAAAGAAAGUAUAUUUCAAAUUCACUGUGAAACUGGAAAUAUAUACAUGGUUAAAGAAAUGGUCAUGUUAGGGGUAGAUGUCAACUGGAGUGAUGAGGGAGGAGUUACUGCACUGCAAGUCGCUGCAGCAAAUGGAAGAGAUGACAUAGUAGAAUAUCUUCUUUGUCAUGAUGCUGUUAUUGAUAAACCCAACAAUUUUGGCUGGACAUCUCUUAUGCAUGCUGCAAGGAAUGGCUAUCCAAAUACUGUUAGUACAUUGAUACAUUAUGGAGCAAAUGUACAGCUUACAAAUGGAAUGGGAGCAGAAGUAAUGGCUUUAGCCGUUGCCAGUGGCAACUGUCUUGCUGUAGGCCAUAUACUGUCUGCACUGCCAUGGAAACUGGAAAUAGAAUCAGCAACUAUUCUCACUCCUGCAAUCGUGUUUGGACAUAACCAGUUAACUAGAAUUCUACUAGAUCUUGUCAGGCCAAAUGAUGCUCUACCACAUACAGGGAUUACACCAUUAAUGAUGGCUGCACUGAAAGGAAACAGUGUGGCGGUUGAUCUUCUACUGGAACAUGACGCCGAUGUAAACAAACGUAAUGUCCUUGGUCAGUCAGCACUAGACAUUGCUGUUACAAUGGGCCAUGGACAAGUUAUGCAAUUACUACAAAGUGAUAAUUGCCAUCACAUUGAACUGAGGUCUGUCUUGCCUGAUCUAGUCACUGGAAUAGCCGUAAAGGAAACAGGAGGAUCAGAAAUCCACGUGCCAACAGAGAAGAAUGCGGCAUAUGUCCAGAUUCGUGCCACACUCUUAGAAGAACGAGAUUCACAGCUAUGCUCCAAGACUCCGCAACGCACAAAGAUAAUUUCGCAAUAUCAUUCUGAUUCACUGAGCCCAUCAUUUCACUUCACAGAACCAUGGACAUCUUCCACAGACACUAAUAUCGUGCCUACUAGUGCCACAACCUCAUCCUUCUCACUUCAGAAUCCUGAUAUGUCAGCAACAUACACUCCCAAAAUAGAAUAUUGCACAGCAUGUUUCAGUCAUCAUCUUUCAAAUCCUUUACAUUGCUUAAAUAACAAGUCUUCAUACAUUUCCAAAUUGGAUAUGCCACGUCCUGUUCCUAAUAUGUGUCGUUUAACUUCUGUUAUUACUAAGUUGCAGAACCAAACAGAUAAGCCAUCACAGCAUGUCAUCCAGCCAUUCAUCCCAUGCACAAAUAAUAUGGCUGUUCCCAGCAUGGUACGUACUUUUAUAUCACCAGGCAGUAUGUUAUCUCCGCCAGAUAAUAAACAAAUUGCUCAGAGCACAACACAGACUUGUAAUUUAAGGAUCAGAACAAUUUCUCCACAAAGUAACACACAUGUUAUUCACAACCCCAGCUUAGAAGCAAUGAAUAUAUCAUCCACGGAAAAUAAUUACAAACUUGCGGACAUUCCUUGCAGCCUUCUACAGCCAUGUGUUUCAACAGAAGAUACCUAUUUAAAGGAAGCUACAUACAGAGAACUUUCUCCUCAAACUAAGACUCGGGUCUCUUAUAGAACACAGGAUAAUUUUCCAGCCAGAGCAAAGAACACAGAAUCUCACAAUUUACCAAUCACAGCAAUUCCUCCCCACUCCAAUAUUAAAAUUUAUCAUGGUACCACACAUGCUUGUAAUUUACCAAGCAGAGGGCUUUCACCCCUAAGAAACAAAGGAUUGUCUCCCCUAAGAAACAUGGAGACUUACAGUCUAGCAAACAGAGUAUUUUCUCCUCAAAUUAAUACUGAAAUCUAUCAUGGAACUUCACAGGCUUACAAUACACCAAACAAAGGAUUGUCUCCCCUAAGAAACACGGAGGCUUACAGUCUAGCAGACAGAGCACUUUCUCCGCAAUGUAAUACUGAAAUCUAUCACGGAACUUCACAGGCUUACAAUACACCAAACAAAGGAUUGUCUCCCCUAAGAAACACGGAGGCUUACAGUCUAGCAGACAGAGCACUUUCUCCUCAAAUUUCUCAUGGAAUUUCACAGGCUUACAGUACACCAAACAAAGGAUUGUCUCCCCUAAGAAACACGGAGGCUUACAGUCUAGCAGACAGAGCACUUUCUCCGCAAUGUAAUACUGAAAUCUAUCACGGAACUUCACAGGCUUACAAUACACCAAACAAAGGAUUGUCUCCCCUAAGACACACAGAGGCUUACAGUCUAGCAGACAGAGCACUUUCUCCUCAAAUUAAUACUCAAAGCUGUCAUGGAACUGCACAGACUUAUAAUACACCAAAGAAUUGUGUCCCCUAAGAAAUGGAAGCUUACAGUCAUUCAACAGAUCAUUUUGUCAUCCAACUAAUGCUCAAAUUUAUACUACCAUACAGACUAAUUUACCAUGCAAAGGAGAUUGUCCCCAAGGUAACACAAAAAUGGAUCAGAGUUCUAUACAAGCUUGUCAUUUACAAAGUGGAGCACCUUCUCCCUAACAAACAAUUUAUCAGAGUAUUUUCUCCUCAAACCAGCACUCAAAUUUAUCAUGAUACUACACAAGUUCAUAAUUUAUGAAACGCAGCACUACGUCCUGUAUGUAACACAUGGGCCUGCAGAGCACUUCGUCCUCAAACUAAUGCUAAAAUUUAUGGUGCAACAGGCUUAUAAUUUUUGAAGUAGAGCACUUUCUCCACUAAUUUAUACAGGUUUAAUGUUUGUCAGAUUUAUUGUUUUAUCCCCAGACUAACACUCAAACUGAUCACAGAGUUCCACAAAGAAUUACAAACAGAAAAUACUUCUAUGAAGACAGUUGAAAAAUUACAGACAUUCCUUGCAGCGUACUCAGCCAUGCACUUGAAGAAAGGAGAACUCUUUCCAGAGAUAUCACAUUUUUAUAAAUCCACUUUUUUUUAACAUAGGUUUCUUUCCAAAAUAGUGAUCAUGUAAACAUUCCUGAUCAGUCAGAACUCAAAUGUUUUUCAUUAAUCUAGAAGAGGUCAUUUAUCAUGACAUUGGCCAUACAAUAAUGAAUACAUCUCAAAAGUAUGUGCAAAGUAUCCAGCCCUAAAUAAAAGAUUGGGGUCCAUUAAAACAUAGACCGCAACAAUACUGUGGAUACACUUGUGAAGGACACGCACACCAGUUGGUUUCUAUGUACUAAUGCCUUGCAUGUCUUAUUGUAUUUGGUUUUUAAGUUUCCUUGCAAGAAACUGUUUAAUUUUCUCAGGAAUAUUUAGCAUCAUUUUUAUUUGCAUGAAAUGUUGGUGGUCUCUUAUAGUUUACUUAAUGAUGUUGUCAAUAUCUCAAAUUUUAUAGCAAUGAUUGGCAAUCUGAAAGGAAUGCAUUAUUGCAUGUCAUGCAGUGUUGUUUAUAAAAAUUUCUAAUUGAAGUUCACUAAGUGUUCAGUAAAUAAUAAAUAAAUAACUUCAUUCUCGGAUGCUUACUGUGCCUCAUGAACUUGUGAUCAACACUGCAGGUUGCAGAGAUUCGCCUCUCUCAAUAAGUGUCAUAUUUCUGGCAUCAAAAUUGUGAAGGGCAAAAUCAGGCACUUUAUUUUAAGAACACUCUAAUUUGGAAAUAUUGUCUGAAAACUUCAAUGAAGUUUGUUUGUAUAGGCAGACUUUGAAACUGUCCAUAUGCAUAUGAUUAUCUCAUGAAAGUGUUUGUUUUAUCUCAAUUUUUUGUAACAAUGAAUACCAUAUUUAAAGUGUGUAAUUUUAACAUUCUGUAGCACUGCCAUGUCGUUUAAAGGCUGUGAACAAAUUUUAAGUCUGAUGUAAAUAAAUAUUUAUCCUGUCUUUCUAAAGAGGAAUCAGUAUUGAUUUCUAACUCAUUCACGAGUCAUAUAAGCAAAUUAGUAUCUACAGAAAUGUAUAAUCAUAUUAAGGCAAAUAAGACUUUUGGAGUGUUAUAAAAUGACUUUAGUGAUCCUCUUGUAUAUUGAUCUGCAUGUUGCAUAAUUUCAGCUGGACAAUGCCAAAUUCCUGUGACAGCCAUAUCCAACCUACAUUAUGGAAGCGAUUUUUUAAUUAUAAUCUCUAUUUCUGGUA